GGCCUGACAGCCCACCACCUGUGCGCCUGCCCACCCUCCACUCCUAGGCCCCUCGCCAUGGGUGGCUGCUUCUCCAAGCCCAAGCCAGUGGAACUCAAGAUCGAGGUGGUGCUGCCGGAGAAAGAACGGGGCAAGGAGGAGCUGUCCGCCAGUGCCAAGGGCAGCCCCCGGACGUACCAGGGCAAUGGCACAGCCCGCCACUUCCAUGCUGAGGAGCGCCUGCCUGCCCCCCACCCCUACCCCGGCGCCCAGGACUACGUGGAGGCCGCAGUCUGUCACAUCAAGGACCUCGAGAACGGCCAGAUGCGUGAGGUGGAGCUGGGCUUGGGGAAGGUGUUACUGCUGAAGGACAAUGGCGAAUUCCACGCCCUGGGCCACAAAUGUCCACACUAUGGGGCACCCCUGGUCAAAGGUGUGCUGUCCCGCGGCCGGGUGCGCUGCCCCUGGCACGGCGCCUGCUUCAACAUACACACGGGGGACCUGGAGGAUUUCCCGGGCCUGGACAGUCUGCACAAAUUCCAGGUGAGGAUUGAGAAGGAGAAAGUAUUUGUCCGGGCCAGCAAACAGGCCUUGCAGCUGCAGCGAAGGACCAAGGUGAUGGCCAAGUGUAUCUCCCCCAGCGCCAGCCACGGUGGCAGCACCAACGUGCUCAUUGUGGGGGCAGGUGCAGCUGGCCUGGUGUGCGCUGAGACGCUGAGGCAGGAGGGCUUCUCGGACCGGAUUGUUAUGUGCACGCUGGACCGCCACCUUCCCUAUGACCGGCCCAAGCUCAGCAAGUGCCUGGACUCACAGCCUGACCAGCUGGCCCUACGACCCAAGGAGUUCUUCCGCGCCUAUGGCAUCGAGGUCCUCACGGAGGCUCAGGUUGUCACCGUGGAUGUGAGGAACAAGAAGGUGGUGUUUAAGGAUGCCUUCAAACUGGAGUACAGCAAGCUGCUGCUAGCGCCAGGGAGCAGCCCUAAGACCCUGAGCUGCAAGGGCAAAGAAGUGGAGAACGUGUUCACCAUCCGCACACCCGAGGACGCCAACCGUGUGGUGAGGCUGGCCCGGGGCCGCAAUGCUGUCAUCGUGGGAGCUGGCUUCCUGGGGAUGGAGGUGGCCGCCUACCUGACCGAGCAGGCCCACUCGGUGUCUGUGGUGGAAUUGGAAGAGACCCCCUUCAGGAAGUUCCUAGGGGAACGUGUCGGUCGAGCGCUCAUGAAGAUGUUCGAGAACAACCACGUGAAGUUCUACAUGCAGACGGAAGUGUCGGAACUGCGGGCCCAUGAGGGAAAGCUGAAGGAGGUCGUGCUGAAGAGUAGCAAGGUCGUGCGGGCUGACGUCUGUGUGGUGGGCAUUGGUGCCGUGCCCGCCACAGGCUUCCUGAGGCAGAGUGGCAUCUGUCUGGAUUCCCGCGGCUUCAUCCCAGUCAACAAGACGAUGCAGACCAACGUCCCAGGUGUGUUCGCAGCCGGCGAUGCCGUCACCUUCCCCCUGGCGUGGAGGAACAACCGCAAAGUGAACAUCCCACACUGGCAGAUGGCACAUGCCCAGGGGCGUGUGGCGGCCCAGAACAUGCUUGCGCAAGAGGCAGAAAUCAGGCCGGUGCCGUACCUCUGGACCGCCAUGUUCGGCAAGAGUCUGCGCUACGCAGGUUACGGAGAAGGCUUUGAUGAUGUCAUCAUUCAGGGUGACCUGGAGGAGCUGAAGUUCGUGGCCUUUUACACCAAAGGCGACGAGGUGAUUGCUGUGGCUAGCAUGAACUACGACCCCAUCGUGAGCAAGGUGGCCGAGGUGCUGGCCUCCGGCCGAACCAUCCGGAAGCGGGAAGUGGAGCUGUUUAGUCUGCACAGCAAGACUGGUGACAUGUCCUGGCUCACCGUGAAAGGAACCUGAGCUCACACACAGCAGACCUGGACAGGCUGGCAGGGGCACCAGGGACAGAGGCCAAGUGCCCUGGGGCAGGUGCCAACCUCUAAUUUUCCAGGAUCCUCGUAGGGCAGAACCUGAGCCCUGCCAGCACUCACCUUCAGCUAUCUGGCUCCCCUGCAGAGAGGCCUAAGCUUUAAAAAGUUGCCUUGGCAGCCAAAUGGCUGGCACUGGAGGCAGGGGAGGCCCUGCUUCUGCUCCCUCUUUGGAACUGCUUCCCUGCAGACCCUGCAACAUCUUAGACUUGAUCUUAAAAUUAAAACGCACCCGUUUGCAGAUC